GGCGCGGCAGGUGUUUCAGGCAGCGCCAGAAGAGGACAAUGAGAGCAGGCCGCUGCAACCCUGCUGGAAGAGCGGACAGCGCUCGGCACGCGCUAAGCUGUGAGCUUUGUGUUUUGCGGUUUUCUCCCGUAGGUGUGCGAGUGAAUCCGCGAUGACACCCAGAGGAAUAUGGUGUUGCUCCAACGGCACCGCGAACCGAUUCAAAGGCCGCGGAAUACCUAGUUACGGCACACACUUCUUGGCCGGAAUACUGGUGUUAUUAGCAUGUACCGCCCCGACAAGAGCUCAAGGAGGGGUAGACAACACGGCCGAUGUUUCAAUCAAUGCCACUGCUGCGAGUAACCAAACAAACUGCUUCGUGGCGCCGGAGGUUGGCCCCUGCAAUGGGAGGCUCUUCCGGUACUACUUUCACUGGGGAGUGGGACAGUGUUUUCGGUACGAGUACAGCGGAUGUGGAGGCACCGGAAACAACUUCAGAAGCCGACAAAAGUGCAUGAGGACCUGCUGGCCAUUGAACUAUCAGAUGUACUGCCGUACAGGUGUGGACCAGGGCCCAUGCCAGUCGUGGUCGGUGCGGUACUACUACAGCACCGAGAAGAACCACUGCUUCCCCUUCUACUACUCGGGCUGCGGGGGAAACUUGAACAACUUCCGCUCCGAACAGGAGUGCCGGGCCAUCUGCAUUGCCGAGUGAAAGUGCCAAGCGCGGUGUUCGGGCAGUCACGAACCCUUGUCGAGUGUUUGGCUGCCCCGUCUACAAAAAAAGGAACUCCCAAUAAUCUUCAGCACUCGCCCUUGCGGCCUGCUGGAGUUUUAUUUUCCAAACGCGCAGGGCGAGCGCACAUUUGCUCCUAUGCGCUGAUGGUGAACACAAUAAAAUGAGGACAACGGGAA